GGCAUGUCUUGGGUCGAUCUGUGACCCCGGUGUUGCAAAAUUCGCUACAGACAGCCUGGUCUCUGUCAACUUCAUUUAGAGCACAUCGUCUAAACCUUUUCCUAGAGUGCUAUUAUUUUUUCGGUCUCUUUCUGACAUUAACAAGAUGUACCCAGCUUCGACAAGGCUUAAUGUACGUGUUGACGAAGGACCUAUCAAUCUGGAUCUGGCAGUCUUGUCCUAAAAGUGCACAGGCAGCCUCCAUUUUCUUUUGUGUAUUCAAGAAGCCAUCAAGCAUUCGAUACAGGGAUGAGAACUAUCGAUAUAUAUAACUCACCACUGAUAUGGAUGUUAUACCUUACGUAUGCGCGAGGAACUAAUACCGCAGCCUUGUUUGAAGACCAGAGUUGUCGAUAGCCUUGAGGACCGAAAACUUCCAGAGGUGGCAUAUUGUUCUCGUCAUCAUACUACAGCGAGGUCAGAUCUAAUCAUUUCAUCUGCCCGACAUUUGGAUUUUUCAUAACGUAGCGCUUCUUUACGCAUUCGUUAUGUCAAAGUUUCUUCCUUCUCGCCGUGCACCAGUCGCGUUUCACAAAACACCUUCAUGUACGCAAAUCAUUAUAAUCUAGCCGUGCCGACCAUGCAGCCGCACAAUCCCUGCCACAGCGCGGAACAUCCAUUUUUAGGCCCCAGAGACACACGUCUGCUCCGCAAUUGCACUCCUGCUCAGGUAGCGGUAAUCACAUUUUAGCAAACGUUACAAUGAGGUUUUUUCGUGGUCGAUACCUUCCAGACCUCAUCUCCACGCGUUUCGAUUUUUACGACGUAGACUUAGCUACUAAUGGCAUAUGGACCCUCAUUACUCCCAAGAUCGACAGUGUCUAUUUCCUGCCGGGCAUUUGUCAUACGACAUAUCCGUUGGGCAAGGUCAAGAACGAGGAGACUACACAAGUCAUCUCUCGCAUUCUAUCGGAUACACGCAAAUGGUUGCUACUUGACUGUGUGAAGCCAGUGAAAGUAUCGUCAUGUUCAUCAUUGCAAGACCACUCUCUGGCUUUGCAGGACACCACCUCUUUUCCGACCAUCAUUGAUCUCGAACUGGACACCCUGAAGGUCUUGCUCGAUGCCACCGAACAAGUAGCCAGGUACCACCUCUCAGAGUGGAACGAAACUCAUAGGCACCGGACUUUCCAUAUAGAAUGGAUAGAUGAGGGUGAGAUUGAAUCUGUGCGACUUACAGAUCCGCUUUCGGUAUUCAUCAAUACUAUACUUGAACGGAGGGCUCAUCGUGCAUCGCUGCUACGGAUCAUGAGGGCACCAGGACCAUAUGAUGGCGGGGCAGACUUUCUCUUCGAGAAAUACUUAAAGGUUGCCAUUUCAUUGUUGUUUGAUAGCGACCGCUUGGUCCUUCUGAGCUGCGACGACUACGUACAAGAUCCUCCUAUGUAUUCUUCACAGGACCGUUUCCCGCUCGUUGUUGCAGGUGGGGGUCUCGAUAUUGAUCAAGUGCGGAGUGAGAUGGCUAGAAUUCUACGACCUACGUUAGUCCAUCUGGUCCACGCACAUCGACAUAGUCAACAGACGACAGGCGGGACUACACUUCCUAAACAUUGUGUCCUCUACGGUUUUCACUGGUCGAGAACUCACUUACGUAUUUUCGUUCAUUUUCCUAUUAAAACGAUUGGUGAAAACCCUGCAGACUGGAAGUUCUGUCAAGCAGUAGCGGCACAACAUUGGGCAGCACUGGAGCAAAUUAAGCCCGACCAGGUCUCAACUCAUCGGAAUUCUCAAGAUACCUUGUUCCUGGAUCGUUGGCGAAUGACUGUUGCGCUUUUUGCCAUCCGGGCUCGCGUCCACGAGUUGGAGCAGCUCUUGACUGAUAUCAACACAGAAGAAAUGAUACCACAGGCGCAACCACAACCCGACUCCGCUGAGAUUGAUCAAACACUCGCUCAAUUUGAACCUCGGUUUUCGUCGGUGAUUCAAUAUGUUCACACCAUGCGGCAAUUUUGGAGAGACCGCCAAAUCGAGGUGCCUCAAGAGUGGAUACCAGCCGGGGAAGAAGUUGUCACGGUUGUCCCGACCGUUACAAGAUCAGGUGCUCUCGUUAUUGUCAACACCCUAUUAUUUUCGCUUUCCAAGGUUAUGCUUCAUCCCUUGCGCCACUUGCUCCUGCCACUUUCCAAGGACACCAUGUCUGCACGUCGUUUCGCCGAUAGUCACGUUGGUCCAGAUUUCCUGCAUUCACUCCAUGUCCCUAGGUCGAAUUUUAGUUGGAAAAUAUUGAAGGUGGAUCUCGGCGAGAACACGGAACCACAUCUAGCCCGGCUGUAUGACCUUCUAACGAUGAGCACGGCGUGUUGGGUGGACGUCAGCAUCUUCCUAGCCAAUGUUUUCACCGGCUUCUCCUUGUAUGCUGUUCGCUGGCAUCCGCAAGCCCGGUAUCCUUUUGAGAUGCAGACUCCGUCCACGAAUGUAGUCCUCGAUUUUGCUCUUGCAGUGCAAACAGUCGCCCCGACGACAGUGUUAACGAUCAAGCGUGCUUCUCAGCUUCCCCUCUCAUUAUCUAGCCCAGCCGUGGUACUUGGCAUGCGAUCAACGACCUUGGAUUGCAAUGGUUCAGCGAUCACCAAUCGCGAGCUAAACGAUCUCAAGAUUCUGAUGGCGCCUCACCUGCGAGUGGUAAGUAUGGCAUUCGGUGGUGAUGGCAACGACGAGUAUACAUUAUUGCCAACGUGGGCAACUCUCUUCGCAAUCUUCCUGAAGGCGGGAGUGGUGCACAUCAUAGGAUUCACUUUGCUCCGCGCGGAAGGUGGCCCUGUUAUCGAUGCAUGUGUCGUGGAUAGUCUGCCAAUUACGAUGAUCAUGAAUGACUUGAAGGAUCUUGAAGAUCGUUUGCGUCUCACAAUUGCACUCUUCACUCUCCAAACACAUGUCGUCCGAUUUUCUGCGCAUUGGGCAGAUAUUGUCUGGAGUGACACCUUGUUGGGCGAGGAGCGGCAGGCUAUACUUUAUGUGACGGGGAUCCCCUCACGCCGGGAGUCAUCGAGUUGCUCGGACUCUGAAUCUAGAGACCCAAGGACAAUUACGCAACAAUUAGGACAAUACAGAGAUGAGGAUGAGGCGGAGAGGGAUAGCAAUGGUACCAAUAUUGCUCGAGAUGAGAUACUGGUGGAUGUGAUUGAUAAAGUGAAUCACUGGUUGGACGGCCUAGAGGCAGACUUGUCUUUAGCACCGGAACUAGAUGAUCUUGCGGAGGUGUAGAAUGACCUGUAUAUCGAGUAAAGAUCUCGGCGGAAUAGAUUUCUUUCCCUCGC